AACUACCAGCCCGCUCCGCCCCACUUACAUAACGGCUCCCGCAGCCUCUCGCGAGACUCCCGCCUCCACGUCACCGGCAGACCAGACGGCGACAACAUGGCGGAGCGGAGGAGACAUAGGAAGCGGAUCCAGGAAGUUGGUGAGCCGUUCAAAGAGGAGAAAGCUGUAGCCAAAUACCUACGUUUCAAUUGUCCAACAAAAUCUACCAACAUGAUGGGCCACAGAGUUGAUUAUUUUAUUGCCUCAAAAGCUGUGGACUGCCUUUUGGAUUCUAAGUGGGCAAAAGCCAAGAAGGGAGAAGAAGCCUUAUUUACAACUCGAGAGUCUAUAGUUGACUAUUGCAACAGACUUCUAAAGAAACAGUUCUUUCACCGAGCAUUGAAAGUGAUGAAAAUGAAGCCUGAUAAGGACACAAAAAAAGAAAAAGAGAAAGGAAAGACUGAGAGUGGGAAAGAGGAUGAGAAAAAGAGCAAGAAGGAAAGUGGCAAAGAUGAAAAGACUAAGAAGGAGAAAGAGAAGGAAAAGAGAAAGGAUGGUGAGAAAGAAGAGUGCAAGAAGGAUGAGAGCCCAGGAACACCCAAGAAAAAGGAAACCAAGAGAAAAUUUAAACUUGAGCCACAUGAAGAUCAAGUUUUUCUGGAUGGAAAUGAGGUGUAUGUGUGGAUCUAUGACCCAGUUCAUUUUAAAACAUUUGCCAUGGGACUUGUUCUUGUGAUUGCGGUUAUAGCUGCAACUCUCUUCCCACUUUGGCCUGCAGAGAUGCGAGUAGGUGUUUAUUACCUCAGUGUAGGCGCAGGCUGUUUCGUAGCCAGUAUUCUCCUCCUUGCUGUUGCCCGCUGCAUCCUCUUCCUUAUUAUUUGGCUGAUAACUGGAGGAAGGCAUCAUUUCUGGUUUUUGCCAAAUCUGACAGCAGACGUGGGUUUCAUUGACUCCUUCAGGCCCUUGUACACACACGAAUACAAGGGACCAAAAGCAGACUCAAGAAAAGAGGAGAAAUCAGAGUCCAAAAAGCAGCUGAAGUCUGACAGUGAGGAGAAAUCAGAUAGUGAGAAAAAGGAAGAUGAGGAAGGAAAAGUCGAAGCAACAGGCAACUCAGGAGCAGAAGGCUCUGGAGGAGAGCGGCAUUCAGACACAGACAGUGAUAGGCGUGAGGAUGACAGAUCCCAGCAUAGUAGUGGAAAUGGAAAUGAUUUUGAAAUGAUCACAAAAGAGGAACUUGAACAGCAAACAGAUGAAGGAGAUUGUGAGGAGGAGGAGGAAGAGGAAGAAGAAACUAGGUCUUUACAUGAAAAAUCCUAACUCACUGUAGUUUUGAGACUGAAUAUGUGUAAAACAAUUGGAUUUUCUUCAUUGGCUGAUCACCAAAAUGUAGUUACAGUAACAUUCUUUCCAUUUGUUUGCUGAAAUACAUGUUAUCCAAACAGUUUUAUAUCUAGUAUCUUCAUUUUUAAAAAACUAUUAGCUUGAUUACUUGGUACAAUCUGAAGUCAUUAAUACACAUUUACAAAAGUUUUGUCAAUUUGACAAGUUUUCUGUCAGAUCCUAUGAUUUGUCUAGAUAGUCCUCAAACAUACUGAAGAACAUAGUUUCCCUAUUGUCAUUUUCUGAUACUUGCAUAACUUUUCAAUAAGUAUAGCCUACUCAAAAUAGCUUUGUAAAAUGGUAAAAGUUGAAUGACCAAAUCUCAGAUUAUUCCUAGUAUAUUCAUUUAAUAGCUAGUUAAGUAAAGCACUUCUUAGCUGAUGGCUCUCUUGACAUUCUUCCUGAUUUUUAUAAAAUUGUAAGAGAGAACUUUAAGACAACUAGUUUUAGCAGAAGGUAAUUUUAAAGUAUUUUGCUAAAGACAUACAAGCUGGUAGUGCUUAUUUGGCUGCAGUGUUUUCAGUUGUGUACAAAUUGUGUACCACCAACUUAAGAAAUCCAAACUGUUUUGUACAUCUGGUUCAGAGAAAGGUGUCAUCUCGAGGAGGCAAAGGGAACAGCAGUUUGGAAACUCUGGCUGUUGUCUUUUCCCCCUCGCUUCCCCCGCCAUCAUAAUUCAAGAAGAAAUUUUUCUGUACAUAAUUUUAAAAUAAAGCAACCCUUUUUAUUUUAACUGUUACUUAUUAUUUAGAAGUUUUAUCCAAAUUUCAAUUUGUAUAAUUGAAGCCAUUUCAGGGUGUGUUUAUUAGAGAAAUGCAAGAUGGAGGACCUCACAGAAUCUGUACGUGAUUGGUAGAUUUGUCCCAGGAGCUUUUAGUUUCUUGCCAACAUUCCAUGUAUUUGAGUGAGUAAAUUGAUCCUUUAUUAAACAAAAGCAGAUAACACAGCUGUCUGUAUGCCUUAAUGUUAAUCUUAACAUUUUCUAUAUUCAGAAACUGGAGUACUGUAUUAACUGAGGAGUAGGCACUGCUUGAGAGUAUUCACCUGUUCAGGAGUACAGAUAACAAAAAAGCUAAUUCAAAAGACAACCAAGAUCAAAUUGUUUUUAAAACUCCUGAAGCAGUUUGAAUGUUCAGUUUGUCUCACACAUCUCUUAUUUGCUAGAUUGUUGGAGGACAUUUUGUUUAGUUAUAUAAGCAUUUAAAAAGUUAAGAUUUGACAUUCUUCUGAAUUGUUCAGUUUCAGACUGAAGUUGAAAUAGUGAAUACAGAUGAUAUUCCUCCCUGACACCACUGUGAGGAAAGAAUGCUAGAUAUUGCUUGAAUUUUCAGUGGUUGACAGAUCUUUCUUUUUUUCUUGAAUUGCUCUUUUCCAUCACCAGUGUUUUGAAUGAAGAUGUUAAUUUUUCUGGUUGUGCAAAUAUAUACAUUUUACAUGUGCAUUGAUAAGGUCUGAUUUGCUUACUACUUCUGAAUAUUUAUUAUAUGGGGAACAGAGAUUGGAUCUGUUAUGCAUUUUUCUGUUAAUAUGGAAGAAAUUUUUAUUAACCUGUUCCCUGGCAAACUUUGACAUUUGUGUGUUGUUGCUGUUUACAGUGACUUGUUUUAACAGAUCCGUCACUACCAUCCACUACCUUAUUAAGAUGUGCAUGUGUAAUGGGAUAGUACACUGGCUCAAAACUCUUCUCUCCACUCAGUUUAGCAAUUAUUUUGAACAACACACUGCCUUCAGGCAGAAGCUAAAAUCUACCAUGCUUGCAGUUCCAAUCUCCGUUGCUAGCAUUGGGAACUGACCUGCAAUCCUUUGUGUACAACACUCUAGCUAUUUGGUUCUGUGAUGUAGCUCAGCACCACCCUAAACACCCAGUAUUAUCAUAUAUAAAAUGGUAGACAUACAUCCUCCUUUCAGCUGAGCAGGAACAGCACGGAACCCUUGCUUUUACUGUAAAAUGCAGGGUGGUAAAACCAUUUUGUAGUCGACGCUGAAGCUAAAUCUUGUCUUUAUUCAGGUGAAACUCCCAUUGAUUUCAGUGAGUUAAAAUCAAGUCAGACUGACAUUUGGCCUCUAUCUAGUUUUUAAAAACCUGGAGAACAGAACCUGAGGUAGAAAGUGUGUAAUACAUAAGCUGAAGAUGGUUUAACUAAUAUUUGAAAAUAAGGUCCAGCAUUUUUCCAAGAAAAAAACAAUUAGGCUCCCCCAGUUUGAAGCCUUUAGGGCAAUGUAUUAUAUAGCUCUAGUUCCCCAGCUAAAAUGAAAUGACAUCUUAAUAAUCUUGUUGAAUAUUAAGUUUAAUCAUUCUAAAUUGGAAUAAUAUUAAAUACCUAUUUAGUAAAGCUGUCACCUGCUGUCUGUGCAGUGACCUAUUUGAAAUGAGCUUGUGGUGGAAGUCCAUUUCCUAGUAGACAGGUGUCUAGAUCUCAAAACCCAUACCAACCCUGGGGCAGGAGAGUUCAUAGCUUAACUAGGCAUGGAACUGGAACUAUCCUCCAAUCCACUGGCUCCCAAACUUUAUUGGUUCACAUAUCACCUUUAAAAAAGAACUUGUGAAGUGGAUGGAACAUCCAGCUCAUGUACACAUUGAACCCCCGAUUACCCUUAACCCUAAAUUUGCAGUGAUCAACUCAGACACAGUGACAGGGUAACUUGAGAAAGGGUGCACUAUUGUUGGGAGCUGUUCUGUGGAGACACAAAGCAUUUCACUGCCCAGUUCUAUUAGAUAUUUCCACAAAUCCUAAAUUCACUGCACUUAUUAUAAAAAUUAUUUUAGGGUUAGAUAGGAAAUGAGUGGCUACAAUUUGAUAUGCCAGCAACAACUAAA